GAUUCGAGACUCCCGCUUUACCCUUGAGAGCCAAAUUCAAUCCUUCAGUUGUUGACAACAUACGGGAGGUGCUUGGGGAAUCGGGAUGUCCCAUAAACGCAAGUACCGCAAGGUUGCACCAUCGGCUAUCCCCGUGGCUACACCAGAUCCUUUCACUUUGUCUAUUCAAGCGUACGAGGCCACUAUCAUCCGCGGCCCGCAAUCUCUUUCAACAGCACUUUCUCUUGAGGCGCCGCAUCUUCCAACUUUGGGGGUCUAUGCAAACGAUCCUCAAAUCGGUAACGCUCUCAUACAAUGGGGUGCUAGCGCAAGAAAUUUUCAACUUCUUAACUCGGAUUUUUCUUUCCCCGAAGCGUCGGAUGGCAAGGCUACUUGGGUGGACAGAUACGACGCUCGUCUUCUCCUCGAUACCGUCCGAGAGCAUCCAAUUCUGAGUACCAUCCAGCCAAAGUCUCUGUCGCCAACCGGAUGGUCAGACUUGCCAUCUGACACUGAAGAUACCUUUUUCCUCACACCACAUGAAAACGAAGACUACCGGCGCGAGAAACGCAGGCGUCUCAUUGACCAAAACAGAGAGGACCGUCUGAGAGCUCUUGCCGAAACCGAUGAAAGCGAACAGUUGGAUCUUUGGGGAGGUAGUGAUGAGGAGCCUGAUGAUGCCCAAUCAGAGCUCAUGAAAAGAACAGCGCUACACCUUCUCUCGUCUCCUAAUCCUGCACAACUGGAAAUGCGCAUUCUCGCAAACCACGGUGCAGAUAAGAGAUUUGCAUUCUUGAGGGGACGGUGGUCACGCGCCUGGCGCAUGACCAAGGAGAGGCUCAGGCAAGAAAAAGUUGACCAAUCAGCUCAAUCGUUGCGCGCUUCACGCAACAUACUAGUGGGUCUCGGAGGACUCGCUGCGUAUGGAGAUAGUGAUGACGAAGGUGGCGAAGAAGAGUCUGAAAGUGGGGAAACAUAUUCAUUAAAGGUCGGUGAGAGUCCUGCUACGGCCCUGGAUUCGCCUCAGAACCAUAAUGUGCGGUUGGAGGAGGUUGAACAGGAAGCUCGGCGCGUUAGAGCUAGGGAGUGGGCUGCACAACGCCGUGCACAACAAGGACAAACUUUGAGUACUGAUGAAUAUCAGGCGGAUUCCUCAGAUUCAUAAUGACUGCCGGUGACUAUUGUUUUACUUCUCAGAUAUAAUGUUCCUUAAAUCUGAUCUGAAAUGCGAUGCGUUACGCUCUUUUUGAAAUAGUCCCCAAGGAAAAUGCCGUUUCUUGACAACGGGCGAGGCGCUCACUCGAACAAAAGUCAAUGAUCCGACCUCAUGUUCAGUACUCUCAUGAUGGUCCCCUUCGAAUUCAACCAUUCAGUUGACGUCUACUGGUUUCCUGCACUAGUCAAACAUUCCACUUAGACUGGACUUUGGGUGGCGAUACAGAUAUUACGUUUGAACACUUCUCAGCUAUCCUAAAACAAUUCUUCUAGUCGCCGUCAACUUCGGAAGUUUGACUUGGGCGCAGCCGUCAACCUAAAUUGCCCUAUCACCCCUGCAGGAAGCCGCAGCGAGCUCCUCCCGUCUGAGUAUAAAAUAUU